CACAUGAGUCACAGGGGUUACUGGACCUUGUUGCACAAUGUAAAACCAUAAAUGCACAGUUGGCGCAGUGUUUCAGUCUACAUUGAUAUUGCUGAAUUAUAGCCGUCCAAUCUACGGCUACAGAGUGAGUGUAGAAGCUGUCGUUUAGUAAGACAGUGUUGGUAGGAAGCUUAUGACGCACACUAGGGAGUGCCACCCUUCCUUUCGCCCUAACUUCGUGAUAACUCGCGCGUUUCACUCAACAGCUGCAUCCGCCCUAGUGCUACUGGGAGUUGUAGUAUACAAGACGCUUACAGGCUGAAUGUUCUGUCAAGACCCCGCCUCUAGCACUUUGGGAAUUCUGGACUUGAUGAUGUCAUGGUCAAUCCCCGCCCAGUAGAGGCGGCUAUAUAAAGGGUGGUUAAGGCCCGGUUCGCUCUCUUCCUCACCGGGUCUGCGGCGAGUUCUAACUAUCCACCGCCAAACAUCUAAUCCACAAUGGGAAAGGAAAAGACUCACAUCAACAUCGUUGUCAUUGGACACGUAGAUUCUGGAAAGUCCACAACAACUGGACAUCUGAUCUACAAAUGUGGUGGUAUCGACAAGAGAACCAUCGAAAAGUUCGAGAAGGAAGCUGCUGAGAUGGGAAAAGGCUCCUUCAAGUAUGCCUGGGUCUUGGACAAACUGAAGGCCGAGCGUGAACGUGGUAUUACCAUUGACAUCUCCCUGUGGAAAUUUGAGACCAGCAAAUACUAUGUCACUAUCAUUGAUGCUCCUGGACACAGAGAUUUCAUCAAGAACAUGAUCACUGGUACUUCUCAGGCUGACUGUGCUGUCCUGAUUGUUGCUGCUGGUGUUGGUGAAUUUGAAGCUGGUAUCUCAAAGAAUGGACAAACCCGUGAGCAUGCCCUCCUUGCCUACACUCUGGGUGUAAAACAGCUGAUCGUUGGUAUUAACAAGAUGGAUUCCACUGAACCCCCAUACAGUCAGAAAAGAUAUGAGGAAAUUGUAAAGGAAGUCAGCACAUACAUCAAGAAGAUUGGUUACAACCCUGACACUGUUGCCUUUGUACCUAUUUCUGGAUGGAACGGUGACAACAUGCUUGAGCCUAGCCCCAAUAUGCCAUGGUUUAAGGGAUGGAAAAUCACCCGUAAAGAAGGAUCUGGCAGCGGAACUACCCUGCUGGAAGCUCUUGACUGCAUUCUGCCACCUAGUCGCCCAACUGAUAAGCCUCUCCGUCUGCCUCUGCAGGAUGUCUACAAAAUUGGCGGUAUUGGUACUGUACCAGUUGGUCGUGUGGAAACUGGUGUCAUUAAACCAGGCAUGGUGGUUACCUUUGCCCCUGUUAAUGUAACAACUGAAGUGAAAUCUGUUGAAAUGCACCAUGAAGCCCUUACUGAGGCCGUGCCCGGUGACAACGUCGGCUUUAACGUCAAGAACGUUUCCGUGAAGGACGUCCGUCGUGGCAACGUUGCUGGUGACAGCAAGAAUGACCCACCAAUGGAAGCUGGUUCUUUUACCGCACAGGUUAUCAUCCUGAAUCACCCAGGCCAGAUUGGUGCUGGAUAUGCCCCUGUGUUGGAUUGCCACACUGCUCACAUUGCUUGCAAGUUUGCUGAGCUAAAGGAGAAGAUUGAUCGCCGUUCUGGUAAGAAACUGGAAGACAAUCCCAAGUUCCUGAAGUCUGGAGAUGCUGCCAUUGUUGACAUGAUCCCAGGAAAGCCAAUGUGCGUGGAGAGCUUCUCAGACUACCCUCCUCUUGGUCGUUUUGCUGUCCGUGACAUGAGGCAGACUGUUGCCGUAGGAGUCAUCAAGGCAGUGGAAAAGAAGGCAGCAGGAUCUGGCAAAGUCACAAAGUCUGCUCAGAAAGCAGCGAAAACCAAAUGAAUAUUUCCAGAGUCUCUCACCUCAGUCAUAACCAGUGGUGGAGGAUUGGUCUCAGAACUCUUUCUAUCAAUUGGCCAUCAGAGUUUAAUAGUAAAAGACUGGUUAAUGAUUACAAUGCAUCGCAAGAGCUUCAGAAGGAAAAAAAUGCUUGUGGACACAUUUGUUUGUGGCAGUUUUAAGUUAUUAGUGUUUUAAAUCCAGUAAUUUCUAAAUGGAAGCAAAUUGACCAAAAUCUGUCACCAAAUUUGAGACCAUUAAAAAAAGUUGAAAAGAUAA